GGGGCAGGAGGGGGUGCGGGGGACAACUACGACGACCCCCACAAGACGCCCGCCUCCCCGGUGGUGCACAUCCGUGGGCUGAUCGACGGCGUGGUGGAGGCCGAUCUCGUGGAGGCCCUGCAGGAGUUUGGCCCCAUCAGCUACGUGGUGGUGAUGCCCAAGAAGAGGCAAGCCUUGGUGGAGUUUGAGGACAUCCUCGGCGCCUGCAACGCUGUUAAUUACGCAGCCGACAACCAGAUUUACAUCGCUGGUCACCCCGCCUUUGUCAACUACUCCACCAGCCAGAAGAUAUCCCGCCCCGGGGACACGGACGAUUCCAGGGGCGUCAACAACGUCCUGCUCUUCACCAUCCUCAACCCCAUCUACUCCAUCACGACGGAUGUGCUGUACACCAUCUGCAAUCCCUGCGGCCCCGUGCAGAGGAUCGUUAUCUUCAGGAAAAACGGCGUCCAGGCCAUGGUGGAAUUUGACUCCGUGCAGAGCGCCCAGCGAGCCAAGGCGUCCCUCAACGGGGCCGACAUUUACUCCGGGUGCUGCACGCUGAAGAUCGAAUACGCCAAGCCCACGCGCCUCAACGUUUUCAAGAACGACCAGGAUACCUGGGACUACACCAACCCCAACCUUAGCGGACAAGCUCCGAGCAGUCAUUUGCACAUAACCCCGGGGACCGUACUACAGCGGAAGUCCCGAAUGGGCCGUGACCUGCCUCUGCACAUUCCUCACACCACACAGUGUAGAAACCUUUACUGGAGAAAACACGCAGCAUCCAGAAACAAGCAGCAGCUUGAGCUCAUUACAUCAAGGACACAACACCGUGGCCCAAGGACUAUCUACAGCACAGAGAGAGAGAAAGAGGCGCAGCAUGCCACAGCAGACAUUUACCUUUACUUACCAAAUCCAGACCAAACCGAACCCACGAAUGUACACAGAACUAGAAAACACAGCCCAGAGGGUCCUCAAAACAAGCCCAGCAGCGCUCUUACCGGAGACCGGAGUAGAUCUGAGGCCCUCCAAGACCUUAGGAUUGCUCUCAGCACGGUUUGGUUUGGGAGGGCAGUUCCUUUGCUUUACGCUGUUUCUCCUGCAGUCCUCAACUGCCACCAUAUCAGCGCCAAGCGGAGAAAAAAAAACCCUGUCCUCAUGGUCUACGGCUUGGAUCAGUCCAAGAUGAACUGCGACCGCGUCUUUAACAUCUUCUGCCUCUACGGGAACGUGGAGAAGGUGAAGUUCAUGAAGAGCAAGCCGGGGGCGGCCAUGGUGGAGAUGGCGGACGGCUACGCUGUGGACCGGGCCAUCACCCACCUCAACAACAACUUCAUGUUCGGGCAGAAGCUCAACGUCUGCGUCUCCAAGCAGCAGGCCAUCAUGCCCGGGCAGUCCUACGGGCUGGAGGACGGAUCCUGUAGCUACAAGGACUUCAGCGGUUCCCGCAACAACCGCUUCUCCACCCCCGAGCAGGCGGCCAAGAACAGGAUCCAGCACCCCAGCAACGUCCUCCACUUCUUCAACGCUCCCUUGGAGGUGACUGAGGACAACUUCUACGAGGUACGUGGGGGGCUGCGCCGCCCUGUGUCCUAG